AUGAACCGGUGGCUGCUCUUCCAGACCUUCUUGUUGGCUCGCCAGGCGACUUCUCUACCUGACAUUUGUUCUCCGUCAGACACCAUGCGCGCUAAUCUCUCGACUCUGUUGCUUCCCAGUCUCUUCUCAGGACUGGGCGUUUGCGCAAAAGAUGACUUUUCCGCAAAGUGUGCUGCGCUCAAGACGUCGCUGAAGCUGCCCAACACCACCGUUUGGUUCACGGAGCACGUCGCAGCAGGAGGCAACAUCACUUUCCCCGACAACCACCCCACAUGUACCCCCAAGAGCCAGGUCGUUGAUGUCGAGCUCUGUCGUGUGGCUAUGUUUGUCAAGACUGGCCCUGCGUCUAACCUCACCGUUGAGGCUUGGCUUCCUUCCAACUGGACUGGUCGGUUCAUGAGCACUGGAAACGGUGGCAUGGCCGGAUGUAUCCAGUACGGCGAUGUAGCAUACGGCGCCAACUAUGGAUUCGCAACUAUCGGAACUAAUAAUGGACAUAAUUCGACUUCAGCCGUUGCUAUGUUCCAUAACUCUGGCGUUGUGGAGGAUUACGUCUACCGCUCGGUGCACACGGGCGUUGUUCUCGGAAAGCAGAUUGCCAAGAAGUUCUACGGCAAGAAGCACACCAAGUCUUAUUAUCUGGGCUGCUCAACUGGUGGACGUCAAGGAUGGAAGGAGGCGCAAGACUUCCCUGAUGAUUUCGACGGUAUUGUGGCGGGUGCCCCGGCCAUGCGCUUCAACGGCCUCCAGUCGCGCUCUGGCAGUUUCUGGGGUAUCACUGGUCCUCCUGGAGCUCCCACUCAUCUCAGCCCUACCGAGUGGAAUAUGGUUCACAAAAAUGUCCUCACUCAAUGCGACGAGAAGCUGGACGGUGUCAAGGACGGCGUGGUUGAGGAUCCCAACCUUUGCGAAUAUCGCCCCGAGGCUCUCAUCUGCAGCAAGGGCGAGACCAAGGACUGCUUGACUGGAACUCAGAUUGAGACUGUUCGAAAGGUCUUCUCGCCUCUCUACGGAAACAACGGUACUUACAUCUACCCUCGCAUUCCCCCUGGUGCAUCAGCUGGCUUUGGCUUCGCCAUUGGCGAGCAGCCUUUCCCUUACUCUACUGAAUGGUUCCAAUACGUCAUCUGGGAGGAUGCCAAAUGGAGCCCCGACACUAUUGGACCCAACGAUUACGAGAAGGCUACCGAGGUCAACCCCUUCAACGUCGAGACCUGGGAGGGAGAUCUGUCCAAGUUCCAGAAGCGUGGAUCCAAGAUCAUCCACUGGCAUGGUCUCCAGGACGGCCUCAUCAGCUCCGACAACUCAAUGGACUACUACAACCACGUGUCACGAACAAUGGGUCUCGACAACACCGAGCUGGAUAAGUUCUACAGAUACUUCCGCGUGAGCGGCUGCGGCCACUGCGGAACUGGAGACGGAGCUGCUCGCAUUGGAAACAACCUGUCAAACCUGGGCGGUAAGACUGCAGACAACAACGUUCUCUUGGCGAUUAUCAAAUGGGUCGAGGAGGGUGUUGCGCCAGAGACUAUCACUGGACAACGCUUUGUUAACGGUGCUUCCACCGGCAAGGUUGAGGUCGAGAGAAAGCACUGCAGAUACCCUUACCGAAAUGUCUGGGACCGCAAGGGCGAUUGGAAGAAGGCAGAUAGUUGGAAGUGCCAGUGA